UCUACGUGAGGCUAAGGCGGACGGCAGGGCCCUCUCUGUCGUCACCGGCCACUUAACUGGCUUGUUUAGGGUAGUUUAGAGGGUAUAUGAAGUGGUGAUCGGGCAGCUGAGUUCGGAGGCCCGUGAGGUGUCGUUGUAGCGGGGGCGCAGGCGGGGAGUCGGGAGGAGCGACAGAAUCAGUGUUGUUCCUGCUGGUGAAAAGUGUAGUGAUCUGCCGCAGUGUGGUGUAGGUACAGUGAGUAUAGUGAGGGGAUCAACACAACAGGCAUAGUCUACAGUCUGUCAUAGUGGCAUCUAAUGUUUUCUUGACAUUCAAAGUAGCACUUCCUACUUCCGUUUGAUACCAAAGAAAAAGGGAAGAUCAAACCUCUAUGUAAAUGGUAAUGAUUCGUCCUCUUUGAAAAUCGAGUGUGUACGGAAAAUAGUGUUGUCGACUGCUGGAGGGGCCGAUUGCAGCAUCAGGCUCACCGAGUGACCCUGUAUUUUGGAGUCCAGGAGGAGUGCGCGGGGGAGUGACCAUCAUGGCGGAGGAUGAGGUACUUUUCGAUGACGUCUACGAAGUCUGCGAAAUCAUCGGAAAGGGGCCGUUCAGUCUGGUGCGACGAUGCGUCCACAGAGACACUGGACAGCAGUUCGCGGUCAAGAUCGUCGACGUAGCCAAGUUUACAUCCGCUCCUGGGUUAUCCAUCAAUGAUUUGAAGCGUGAGGCAACUAUCUGUCACAUGCUCAAACAUGAACACAUCGUGGAGUUGCUCGAGACCUACUCUUCGGAGGGGAUGCUGUAUAUGGUCUUUGAGUAG